AACCCCUGUUGCAACCCCCUUGUUGCAGCGUACAUGUGUUAAUACGCUUCAACAACCAGUCGGUCAACGCGGGUCAAACCCUUUAAAGGGUUAUUGCAGCGUACAAUUUAAUUGUUCCCUGCAAAAAAGUUUGUUGCAGCGUACAUUUUAAAAGCCCGCUGCAAUAGCUCGUUUUUGUUGCAGCGUACUUGUUAAAGCCCCCUGCAAUAACCCGGGUAAAAAAAAUUUCGCUGCAAUAUUCGUUGAAACUAAUUCAAAACAAAUUAAGCAUCUCUCACUCUCAACUCCCUUCUUCUCCCUUAACUUUCCCUGCGUCAUCCCCUCAAAAAAAAACCCUUUCUCUUCGUCGGUGGUUCUAGCCUCCUCGCCAGAGGCCACCUAUUAGCUUGCUCGGCCGUUGGUUCCAAGGAAAAACUUAGCUUGCUCGCGCCGGUGGUUUCAAGAAAGAAAGUUGCUCGCGUCCUAUUUUCCGUCAACCUCUUCGCCGCGGCUACCUGUCCCCUCUUUUAGGUUUGCUCGAUUCGUUUACCUGAUUUUUGUUUUAAGAAUUAGGGUUUUAAAAAUCAGAUCCUAAAGUGACGCGCCAAAUUUAGAAGCGAGAGAGAAAGAGAUUUAAUGGAAAAGGGAAUUGGGGAAGGAAAGGGUUUGGGUUGGCGCAGAGAUGCCCAUCGUCUAACUCGAAUAAAUGCACAUGAAUUCGACACCGGGAAGAAAUCCAGGUACAGUUUUUAUCAUCAUUCUGCCUUUUGAUUUCGAUUCCAAUUUCACAACUAGGUUUUGGUAUUGUAGAUGUCGAGUUGCAAUUUCUAAUCAAUUGGAAUUGCGGAACUUGAUUUUGGUGGAUUCAUACAUUUAAUUUUGUUUGUUUGUUUGAGUCCUAUUCUUGAUGUGCGGAAAAGGAAGGCGGUUCGAUUGAGCAAAGAUGUCGACUCCAAACGUCGCCAAAUUAACAAUGGAUGUGGGAUUGGAUAAUGAAACAUGAGCCGGUGGUUUCAAGAAAGAAAGUUGCUCGCGUCCUAUUUUCCGUCAACCUCUUCGCCGCGGCUACCUGUCCCCUCUUUUAGGCUGUCGUUCAUAGAGCUAAGAACUCAAAAUAUUCAGCUGAUGAGGAUAUGGAGGAGACAGAUGUUAAAGAUCCAAAUUUAAAGCAAUCUCUGGAGUCUGCUACUUCUCAGAUUAGCCAGCUAGCUCUUUCUAAUAGUCCUACUGGUGUUGCCAAUCUUGCAGCUGUUUUUCUGUUCCCGCUUUUCAUAAAUUAUUUUCAGAUGGGUGUCACUGGAGCAGCCACUGCCACUGUUGUGUCUCAAUACAUAGGUAGCUUCUUGAUGAUUUGGUUUCUUAGCAAGAGAGUAAUAUUAUUACCUCCAAAAUUUGGAGAUCUGAAGUUUGGGGUCUAUUUAAAAUCUGGUGAGUGUCAGAGAAAUGUUUAUGGUUAUUUUCUGUUUUUGAUUCUUUAUCCAACACAUUGAUUUUAAUAACCUUCUACUUAAUAAUCACCAUUACAAACU